AUGGAAUAUAAACAUAAAUCGGGCUCACAAAAGCGGAAGGAAAAAGCUACUGCUUUGGAAAACGACAAAAUCGGCAGUCGUUCGUUAUUUCAAUUUGGAAUCAUUAAAGAAAAAAACAAAACAAAGACAGCCGUAAAUUUUCCUACUUCGGCUGAGUCUGUCUGUCCGGUAGGGCUAGAAUUUUCAGAAUCGCACCGAUUGGAUGAAAAUGGAAAUAGCGAUAUCCAAACUCAAAAUAAUGACAGUGUAAAUAUAAUAAAAGAUAAUGAUGCCUCUGUAAACAUAGAAACUGUUGAAAGAUUUGGAUUUGACGUUGGUACUUUGCCAGCCGGGCCAAUACCCACACAGACUAUAGAAACCGUGAUUCGAAACGGUCCACCUAGACACCCGGACAAUUUUCCGGGAGAUGGACAAAGAGCUUUUCCGACGUGCAUUUUAAAGCGAUUCGGUGAAUUAUUUAAAGCGAUAUUUGAAUUGUUUGUUGACGUUGUCAUAGCGAUAGAUUUUGAAAGAUUUAAAAGUUAA